CCCGCAUUAAACUCUUCCCACCGGGGUAACUCGGGACAGAUAAUCGAAUCCCCUCAUUGAGUGUAUUAUCCAAUCGACCAAUAAAACCAGGGAUAUACGACGUCGGAUGUUAGAUUAGUCCUAAUUGGCUCAUUUAUAAUAUUGUGUGGUUUAGUUAGUCAUGAUUGACUCAUUUCUAAUGUUGUGUUGUACGUCAUCUAAAUGAUUGCCCAUUGACGCCCACACCUCAACAACCCCGCCAUUUGGAACCUAAUCCAAUUCUGUUUUGGUGACAAGGGCAUGUCAGCAGAUGUUACAAAGUGCAUUGACAUGACUGAAGCUAUGGAUGAAAAGAUGGAGGUUUGUCCCCUGUCGGAUGUUGUAGAGAAAGAACCAAAGGUUGAAGACCUGGCCGACUCACCAUAUAAUGCCCGAAAACCACGGAAUGAAAUGAGUAGAGACAUAACUCUAUCUCAAAUAGUUGAAGGGAAGAGGGAGAAAAAGACGGUGCAAAGACUUGAUUUCCAGGUUGCGAAACCUGCGAAGGUGCUGAAAGUUGAAAAUGGUGGUGGAGAUAAAUUAGGAGACAUUGUGCGAGUGAACCACCACCUUGGAAAGCUGAAGGUUCCAGAUCUGAAACCGCUUCAUACAAUUCUCUUUGAUAUGCCAGGUAAGAUUGCCACAAUGAGGAAAAACAUGCGGCUGUUCAAUGGCUUCCCGUUCGAGGUUGACAGUGAUCCCUAUAUAAAGAAGAAGGAGAGGAUGAUGAAGAUAACAUGUGUAAGGUUGAGGAACAUCUGUAAAGUGUUGGACCUGGAGAAGGGUGGAAACCAGUCAGUCCUCAUCGACAGGAUCAUGACUUUCCUCAUGAGUCCCAGAAUAUCAGGAAAGCCUGUGAUCUCAAAGAGAAAGAAGAAGUCUAAGAAGAAUAUCUCAACCAAAGACUCUAGGAGCAAGACCAAGGCUAAGGACAGGAGUGCAUCCAGCAGCCCCCGGAAGGUCAAAGCAGAGAGCAAGUCCAAAGCUAUCGUCACUGAUUCUAGCAGUGAUGACGAUGAGGACGACGAGCAAGGAGUCACAGUAGAACAAGACGAGUCGGACGCUGAAAAGAAGAGCGGGAAAGAGGGAAAGAGGGAAAGGGUGACGACCGAUGACGAUACCGAUGAUUCUGAAGACUACGACGAUGAGGAUCCCAAGUCAAAUCCAGCAGCCAAGGGCAAGAGAACACCUUCCAAGAAGCGUGCGCAACCAGCAAAGAAGGCAGCUCCUGCCAAAAAGAAAACAAAAGUGGAAGACUCCGACCUGUCUGAGUCUGAUUCAGACAAGGAUGAGGAUGAGAAAGAUGGCGAGAGUGAAGUUGAGAAGCCAAAAAAUAAUCCGGCAGCUAAGAGGGCAGCACCGGUUAAGCCAGCAGCUAAGACCAAGAAAGCAGACAGCAGCAGUAACAACCAGAAAAAGACAGCCAACAAGGGCAAUGCAGCACUCGACAGUUCGGACGACGAUGAGCCGUUGAUCAAGAUGAUCAAGAAGCCUCCUACAGAUGAGCAGCUAAAGGAGACGGUGAAGAGGCUGCUGAAAGACGCCAACCUGGAGGAGAUGACCAUGAAGAAGAUCUGCCAGAAGGUGUACGACACAUACCCAGACUAUGACCUGACCAGCAGAAAGGACUAUGUCAAGCAGACAGUAAAAACGCUGAUUUCCUAAAGGACAUAAAAAAGGACAUGAAAACGGUCCUUGUGACAAAUAACUGUGGGAACGUUCCAAUUCUGGAAAAGGAUAAUCAAAAGAAUGUGCCUACCUUAGAACUGCUCAAACCCCAGGUUUACUUCUUUAUGUGUUUGUUUUUAUUUGAAUCAAAAUGUUUUUGUUUCUGUAUUGUCAUUUCCAACUUGACUGCACACUUCUCUUAGGUCAUAUUUAACAUGCUACUUAAGGCUUAUGCAUUUGAGUCAUUGCUUGUUAAUAAUCUGCUUUGUUAAUACACUUUACAGUUUUCUACUGAUCCCAAGCAAAGGGUAUUUAGGCUAAACGAACAGUGUUUAGAGAUUCAAGGUUGGUCACUGUAAAUGGAAACAUGUCCUCAGGCAAUGCAUGAAUUCACACAUUGUUGAUUUUAAAUGUAUUUCUUGACUUGACCAGUCAAAAUAGAAUAAGGCCCCUCUCACUAUAGCUGUCCACUGCCUUUGUCUUCUGUGGAGGAUUUCAAAUCUUUCCCUCUGGGGUUUUGAUGCACAUAUAACAGCUUUAUAGCAACAAGGCAGUGGUAUGUAUGUAUGCUGGGGUCUAUUCACUAGAACCAAACGGGGAGGGACCUACAGGAAUUUGACCAAUAAACUUUCGGUUUUUAGUAAACUGUUUCUGUUGCAAAACAUUUUGGACUAAUGAUUCCACCCCUCUUCCCUUCCCCCUAGGCAUUUUGUGUAAAAUGGUUUUGCAUGGCAAGCUGUUCAAUUGAGUUUUGAAAAGUAUUUGUCACGGUCAAGUCUUCAAACAUAUUCCUUGAUUGCAUUUAUAAGACUUCAUGUUUUUAUAUGUAAAUGUGUACAUUUUUGAAUCAUUUACUUUUGAUGAGAUCCUGUUUUAGUCCUUAUAUUGUCUCUGUAUGCAGUACAGGAUGAUCUGAUUUAUGUAGUUGUUACCUUGCUCAAUGAAGAGUUGGAUUUUUUUAGUCAAUAUACCUUUGACAAAGUAAGUGUCAUUGAAUGAAAUUGUCUUCCAAUGUUAUGCAUAUAAAUUAAAUCAGAUUUUUGAACGAA